GCCUGUGUUGCUGAGCAGACAGUAAUGGCUCUUUUGCAGACGAACACUUGGCAUCGCAUUUCCACAAUCCUCUUCAUCCUUGUAUUUUUGCUGUAUGGCAGAGCCUAUUGUAUCAGAGGUCCGAGUCGUAUCGUGGAAUCUAGCAAGAUUCCAUCCAGCCAUCAGUCCUUGAAGACCGCAGUUUUCGCUCUCGGAAGUUUCUGGAGAUUCGAAGCCGUCUUUGGUUGCUUGGAUGGAAUUGUCCGGACCACCGUUGGCUACGCUGGUGGUUCUAAAUUGAAUCCCGAGUAUCGUAGCUUGGGUGAUCAUGCUGAGUCUGUACGGGUCGAAUAUGAUCCCAAGCUUACUAGUUUUAGGCAACUCUUAGAGGUUUUUUGGUCCAGUCAUGAUUCUAGGCAUGUGUUUGGGCAAGGUCCUGAUGUGGGCAAGCAGUAUAGAUCUAUUAUUUUUACUAAUGGCACUGAAGAAUCAAGACUGGCUGCUGUCAGCAAAGAAAAAGAACAGCUGAAGUCGAGAGGAAGUGCUGUGACUACGCAAAUUCAGCAACUUGGAGCAUUUUAUCCCGCAGAGGCUGAACAUCAGAAAUUUGAGCUGAAGAGGAAACCCUUUUUGCUGCAAUUAAUGGGCAACUUGCCGGAAGAGGAGCUUGAGAUGUCCACUUUGGCAGCAAGGAUGAAUGGGUACGCGGCAGACCUCUGUCCUCCAAAGACCCAGAAGCAAAUUGAUGUCAAGAUCAAUGACGUUAUCAGAAAAGGUUGGCCCAUUCUAAGAGAGAAAUAAAUUCAUCUUUGUUCGAAAUUCUAGCCUGAAUAUCAAACCAUUGCUGUUGCAUUAGUUGGUCUCCUUGUUCCUACUGCCGGAUCAUUACUAGAUUGCAAAAGCCCAAAUUGGUUGGGUCAUUGAUUG